AUGCCCCGGACCGCGAGCAGCCUUCUGCAGGGCUGGCGGGCGCAGUCGCGUCGCCCGCACGGCUUUUCUCCCACACGCAUCGCGCCCGCGCACGCAUACCGCGCCCUUGAGCGGCUGCCACUGCCGUCGCCGUCACCACCGCUCGCCCGCAGCUAUGCCCAGGCGUUCCGCGCGCAGACGGACCUCGAGAAGCGCAUCGCGGCCAUCCCCAUCGAGCGCUACCGCAACUUCUGCAUCGUCGCGCACGUCGACCACGGCAAGAGCACGCUGUCGGACCGCCUGCUGGAGCUCACGGGCACCAUCGCGCCCGGCGGCAACAAGCAGAUCCUCGACCGCCUGGACGUCGAGCGCGAGCGCGGCAUCACGGUCAAGGCGCAGACGUGCACCAUGAUCUACCGCCACGCCGGGGCCGACUACCUGCUGCACCUCGUCGACACGCCCGGCCACGUCGACUUCCGCGCCGAGGUCUCGCGCAGCUACGCCUCGUGUGGCGGCGCCCUGCUGCUCGUCGACGCCAGCCAGGGCGUCCAGGCCCAGACGGUGGCCAACUUCUACCUCGCCUUCUCGCAGGGCCUGGCGCUGCUGCCCGUCCUGAACAAGGUCGACCUGCCCCACGCCGACCCGCCGCGCGUCCUCGAGCAGAUGCGCGACACCUUCGAGCUGCACCCCGACGACGCCGUGCUGGUCUCGGCCAAGACGGGCCUGAACGUCGCGGCCCUGCUGCCCGCCGUCAUCGACAAGAUCCCGGCCCCCGUCGGCGACCUGGCCAAGCCGCUGCGCCUGCUGCUGGUCGACUCGUGGUACGACGUCUACAAGGGCGUCAUCCUGCUGGUGCGUGUCUUCGACGGCCAGGUGCGCCCCGGCGACACGGUGCGCUCCUUCGCCACGGGCCUCAAGUACAUUGUCGGCGAGGUCGGCAUCAUGUACCCGGACCAGACGCCGCAGACGGUGCUCAAGGCCGGCCAGGUCGGCUACAUCCACUUCAACCCCGGCAUGAAGCGCUCGCAGGAGGCCAAGGUCGGCGACACGUACACGACCGUCGGCAGCGAGAAGCUUGUCGAGCCCUACCCCGGCUUUGAGGAGCCCAAGUCCAUGGUCUUCGUCGCCGCCUUCCCCACCGACCAGGACAACUUUGAGCACCUCGAGGACAGCAUCAACCAGAUCAUCCUCAACGACCGCUCCGUCACCCUGCAGAAGGAGUCGUCCGACGCCCUCGGCGCCGGCUGGCGUCUCGGCUUCCUCGGCACCCUGCACUGCUCCGUCUUCGAGGACCGUCUGCGCCAGGAGCACGGCGCCAACAUCAUCAUCACCCCGCCCUCGGUCCCAUUCAAGGUCCUCUGGCGCGACGGCACAGAGAGCAUCAUCACGAACCCCAACGAGUUCCCCGACGCCGACGAGGUCCACAUGCGCGUGCAGGAGGUCCACGAGCCCUACGUCCUGGCGACCGUCACCCUCCCGCAGGAAUACCUCGGCGAAGUCAUCAAGCUGUGCGAAGCCAACCGCGGCAUCCAGCGCGAACUCACCUUCUUCACCGCCUCGCAGGUCAUCCUCAAAUACGACCUGCCGCUCUCGCACCUCGUCGACGACUUCUUCGGCAAGCUCAAGGGCAGCACAAAGGGCUACGCCUCGCUCGACUACGAAGACGCCGGCUUCCACAAGUCCUCCAUCACGAAACUCAACCUGCUCGUCAACGGCCAGCCCGUCGACGCCGUCUCCCGCGUCCUGCACACCUCCCAGGUCGACCGCGUCGGCCGCCUGUGGGUCGACAAGUUCAAGGAGCACGUCGACCGCCAGAUGUUCGAGGUCAUCAUCCAGGCCGCCGCCGGCCGCCGCAUCGUCGCCCGCGCCACCAUCAAGCCCUUUCGCAAAGACGUCCUGGCCAAGCUGCACGCGAGCGAUCUGUCGCGCCGCAGGAAGCUGCUCGAGAAGCAGAAGGAGGGCCGCAAGAAACUGCGCGCCGUCGGCAAUGUCGUCGUCGAGCAGGAGGCGUUCCAGAAGUUCUUGGCCAAGUAG